AUGAGAGAAUACCGGCAGAAUCUUGCGCUUCAAGUACAUCUCCAGAAGCUGCGAGAAGAAAGCCCUCUCGCACCAUAUCAGCCGUCCUCUCCCGAGACGACCCUGAUCGCCCGAUACGUUGGCGUGCUCGGACCAGAUCCCGCGGGUAGGCAGCCUUUUGAGGUCUUAGGGACAUGGAUACAGUCCAUUCCCUCGCGCAUCGGGUCGAACAAGAUGCUUGAUUUGGCCGUCCAGUUCUUCGUCGACAGUCACGCUACGUACCGAGAUGAUAUGCACUCGAAGCGCAAGGUCGCCAGAGCUUCAAAGGCUAAAGCGCUUAAGGAAUUGCAGCUCGCUGUGAUGAAUACUGAUAACAAGAUCACGUACGACAUCCUGUUGGCUACCAAAUUGCACUACGCUGCUGAGGCUCUUCUGGGGCUUGAUACCUUGUAUUAUGCCAUUCAUGCGUUCGGAAUUGCAGAGCUGCUGAAGUCGGGCACGGUGGCGGAAGUCGAUGACGAUCAUUUCUGGAAUUUGAUUGACAAUACCUAUGUCGACGACGUUCACGAGGCGAUGAUGACGGGUCGAAAGUCAGUAUACCACAAUGACUAUUACCUGUCGGCUACAAUUCCACCUCCGAUCGAUACAAGAGAUGUCGUGCUGUCGCCAUCACAGAGAGCGUCAAUGGCUGUCAUGCACGUUUUCAUUCAGUGCCCUUACGCGGUAGCAUUGAUCCGAGAAGCCAUUUCGAACCCCGAGGACACGACCGCGCUUGCUAUCGCCAUGUCAUAUUUGGAGGGUCUGAUGCAGAUCGACGUGUCGCGACACGUAGCUGAGCUCAUUGAAACAACCGUGUCUGUGGUACCGAUGCCACCAUCACCGGAAGUCGCCGACCUGAUGCCCGACACCCUCGAGUUCGACUCGGUACAAGACUUCAUACUUUGCACCAGAAGCUGGAUGUUACAGUCGCUCCUCUGCGGUCUUGCGGAUACGCUUUAUCGAUACUUCCCAGCUGAGGCGGAGUUAUCGCUACUCCCGUCGCCUCAGCAAUUACGAGUCAUUGACGUGGAUAGUGCACUCUGUCUCCAGAAGUCGCACAGAUGGGCAGAUUCAGUUUCCAAACACAUUCCGCUUUUGACAAUGCGCUUACACACUCCACUCCAGAUGGCCAUUGCCCCAUGGCACCGCAUGACGCGAGAUCUUUCUAUCCAACGCUCACCAUCCGCCUCGCCAGGCAGCCCCUCGGACGUGGCUGCGGAGCUCACACGCGCCAAGCGCAUGCAAGCCUGGAUAGUCAACGAGACCAACAAGAUACACAAGAACUGGAACGUCGCCACCGUCGAUGAAGAUAUUCUUAUAGAAGCUCUGGAAGCCCUAUCUGGAGAGAAGAUGCCCGAUUGGCUUCCAACACGCGUGCGAUUCAUCCCCGAAGAAGGCGAAAUGGCUCUACACAUGGAAUUCGAGAACAGAACAGGGACCUACUCCACUGGAAGAAUCGAUUGGAACUUCCACUCAGAGGAGGGCGGAAUGAACGACCUGUAG